AUGGCCUCGGCGAGCCUCGUGCUGGCCGCCGCCGUCGCCGUCCUCUUCGCCGCGGUUCCCGGCGCGCGGAACGCGGCCGCCGCGGGCCUCCCGGGCGUCGACGCCUACCUCUACAGCUCGGGCGUCCUCGCGGCCAUCUGGGUCGGCAUCUCCGUCGUAGCGUGCAAACGCCUCUCGCUCGCGUCCUUCUUCAUCCUGAAUACUUUGGGCCGCUGCGCCGCGUCCGUGGUCGUCGACGCCACGGGCGCGCUCGGCUUCCCGAAGCUGGGCGUCGACGCCUUCGCCGUGUCGGGCCUCGCGCUCGCCUGCGUCGGCGCGGCCAUUCUGCAACGGGGCUCGCCGGCGACGGGCCCGGAGCCGCCCACGAAGACGGGCCUCGAGCUCACCGCGGCGCCGCUCGCCGGCGACACGCUCGCCGUCGACGCCGCGCUCGCGUGA